AUGGGUCGAUCUCCUCACUUUUUGGCCUCCAAGCUGUGCGACAGCGUCGAAGAAUCCAUCCCGGAGGAGAGAGAGAAGAUAGGAGAGAAGAGAAGAGAGAUAGAUAAACUCUAUUACUAUGGCGAUGUCAACGGCGACCCGGAUGAUGCGCCUUCACGCGCGCCGCUCCUCCGCCUUGUGCCUCCUCCGCUCCAGCCGCCCGGAACCCAACCCGGCGCUGCUGCAGGUACAAGGGCUCGCUGGUACCGGGGAGCCACCGUGGCCGCAGACCCGCCGUCGACCCCAGCGAACCUGGGCGUGAACAUCGUGCCAGAGAGGAAGGUGUUUGUGGUGGAGCGCUUAGGCUAUUACCACAAGACACUCUCCUCGGGGAUUCACUUCCUCGUGCCCGGCGUCGACCGCAUCGCCUACGUCCACUCGCUCAAGGAGGAGGCCAUCCCAAUCCCCGGCAACCCUGCCAUCACAAAGGAUGGCGCCUUGAUCCAGAUCGGAGGAGUGCUCCAUGUCAAGAUUGCCGAUCCCUUCCUUGCUUCCUACGCCGUAGAGGGGGACCCCAUCGAUGCAGUCACCCAGCUUGCACAGUGUGUUGCAAGGAGUGAACUUGGCAAGGUUACCCUUGACAAGGCCUUUAAGGAAAGAGACACGCUCAACCACAACAUCAUGAAGUCAAUCAAUUAUAAAUCAUGCGAGUGGGGUGUCAAAUGCCUCAAAUACGACAUACUUUUAGGCAUUACUCCUCCAGAGGGAGCUAAGAAAGCCAUGGAGAUGCAGCUUGAAGCAGAAUGCAGGAAUUGUGCUCGGAUCAUUGAGUCAGAAUCUGCUAUGAUGGAAAGGGUGAACAAAGCAAAGGGCAGCCCGCUUGAAGGUCGCUGAAGAAUACAUGGAAGUAUUUUCAAAACUAGCUAAAAAUUGUAGAUGAAGACGAUGCUUCUUCCGAGAGUCCCAUGCAAUCGGGGGGGCAAUGAUUGCUCAGUCCCAGGCCACAGUUUUGCCAGAAGACCUCGAUGAUCUGUCUCGUAAGAUGCCAUCCAUCAGUGACAUGGGCGGCGUCCUGUCAGAUGACAAGGAUCCACUGCCACACCCCAAGCAAAAGUAGCUGCAAAUCUUGGUGCCGAUAACUAACUUGCUGUAUGCUGUAUGUAAUGCAACUGGAUCAGCAAGGAUGGUUUUUGAGUCUGGAAGUGAAGAUUUCCAUUUUACGUGCUGAUGGGGCCAGGAUGAAACACUUUGUUACCUAGUUGAGAACAAACCUUUGUGUAUAUUAAUCGAUGGUGCUACAUGUAGAAGACAUCCCAACACGAGUAUCAACUGCUCGUCGUGACUUUUAUUUCAUGAGAUUUUGUUGGUGUAAGGGAUGACACAAGUUUAAACGGAAGUAAAUUUACUUG